GACAACAACUUCUUAUUGUGUUUGUUGCUUUCCGAAAUAGGAACUUUAAUGGUCGAAAGUCAACCGGCAAAACACCAUCGAGAUGCCAAUUGAGCAAAUCUGCCCGUUCGACAAUGGUACUGUUGAGAAGCCGAUCAACCGAGAGCCAUUCAUGAUCGACCUCGUGUCCAGUUUCCUUACCAAGACAGACAAUUAUGAUCGAAACCAUGGACCAAUUCAACACAAGAGUAGUUGCGAUCACACCGUCAGGGUAGAUGGACUCGUUGCAAAGGGUCUAGAGCUGACCGUUGCUCAACUUGCCAACGACUUCCCCCAGCACUCUGUGACCUGCACGCUCCAAUGUGCCGGGAACCGACGCCACACGAUGCGGACUCGAAUCAAGGAGGUCUGUGGAGUGGACUGGUUUGAUGGGGCCGUGAUGAAUUGUACUUGGGAAGGGCCUCGAGUACGUGAUGUCCUGCUUGCUGCUGGGGUGGUCGAAUCCGAAGUCGUGCAUAACGGAGUGUCACCAAGACACGUCCAUUUUGCCAAUUAUGGAGGCAAGACCCAGCAGGAUGAGUGGUACGGUGGGAGCAUUCCGUUCGAUCGGGCCAUGGAUCCGGACAUGGAGGUGAUCCUGGCGCUCAAGAUGAAUGGCGUUCCACUACCUGCUCGUCAUGGCUUCCCGGUCCGUGCAGUGGUCCCAGGCGUGCUUGGUGCUCGUUCUGUGAAAUGGCUCGACCGCAUCUCGGUGUCGGACAAGGAAUCGCCCUGUUUCUAUCAACAGCGUGACUACAAAAUCUUACCACCUGAGGCAGUUGAUGUUGAAACAGCAGAGAAGUACUGGCCCCUGUGUCCUUCAAUGCUCGACAUGCCCGUCAAUUCUUGUGUCGCCUGGCCAACUUCCGAAUCCACCAUCAAACUCCCAGCUUCUGGGUUAGUGGACGUAAUCGGAUAUGCCGUUCCUCAGGGCCACCAUGGGCCUGUGAUCAGAGUCCAGGUUUCUGGUGAUGAGGGUCAGACAUGGAAGGACGCACAGCUCGAGCACGGUGGCGAGAUGGCAAGCCGAUGGAGCUGGGUGUUGUGGAACGCAAAAGUCAAGAUGCAAGUAGGAUCGGGGCGCAAGAUCUUUGCCAAAGCUACCGACGCUGGAGGGCAUAGUCAGACACAGGAAAGAUCGACUUGGAACCUCCGAGGAGUGGCGUACAAUGGUUACGAGGCUGUAUUCGACCUCAAGGUCAUUUAGAAGCCUUCACGGUCUUGUAAGGAAAGGAUCUCUGUAUCAUCCACGAUGAGCAGAUAUGAGACCAAGAGAAGUAAUGUCAUGGCAGCUGUCAAAGUAACCUUGUGGC